CAUGAUUCCGUAAUAGCGGCAUUUUUUCAAACACAUCUCGAGCGCCAUCGACCUCCCCGCUCGCCUUUCACUUUCCCCAAUUCCCCAUUCUCGUCUUGGUUUCUCUUCCUAGAUCUACGUCUCAUGGAUCUCAUCACCCCUUCGAUCAGUUCUUGCUCGAAGGAGCACCAGAAGAUCUAUCAGCAGUGGUUUUCCUAUGCAGAUUCAGAUGGUGAUGGGCGGAUCACGGGGAAUGAUGCUCUCAAGUUCUUUGCCAUGUCGAAGCUUUCGCGGCCUGAGUUGAAGCAGAUUUGGGCUAUUGCUGACUCUAAGCGGCAAGGUUUUCUUGGCUUGCAAGAAUUCAUCACUUCAAUGCAGCUUGUUGCCCUGGCACAAGCAGGAAAUGAGAUUACAAAGGACACCAUUAGCAGUGCAGAUUUGGGGAGCUUAAACCCACCUGAUAUGGAAGGUUUGGAUACACUACUAGCUAAAAUGAAAACUAAGCCUUCACCCAAGAAAAGUGAUCCUGAUCUAGAUGGAACUUCUCAGCCCCAACGACCAUCAGCUAAUUGGUUUUCCUCAAAAUCUUCGAAAAAGAUACCCUUGAGUUCUGUUACAUCAAUUAUUGAUGGGUUGAAGAGAUUGUACAUUGAAAAACUGAAACCUUUGGAAGUUACUUAUCGCUUCAAUGAUUUUGUCUCUCCAUCGUUGACAAAUAGCGAUUUUGAUGCUAAGCCCAUGGUUAUGCUUUUGGGUCAAUAUUCUACCGGGAAGACAACAUUUAUUAAACAUCUGUUGCAAUCAGGCUAUCCAGGUGCUCAUAUUGGACCAGAGCCUACAACAGAUAGGUUUGUUGUUGUUAUGUCUGGUCCUGAUGAAAGAAGCAUUCCUGGAAACACUAUUGCGGUGCAAGCAGACAUGCCUUACAGUGGACUAACAACAUUUGGAACUGCCUUUUUAUCAAAAUUUCAAUGUUCUCAGAUGCCACAUCCACUCCUAGAACAUAUUACAUUUGUUGAUACCCCGGGAGUUUUGUCUGGAGAAAAACAACGAACUCAACGCAGCUAUGAUUUUACUGGUGUCACCUCAUGGUUUGCUGCCAAGUGUGAUCUUAUUCUUCUUUUGUUUGAUCCUCAUAAACUCGACAUCAGUGAUGAGUUCAAACGUGUUAUUGGAUCUCUUCGUGGUCAUGAUGAUAAAAUCCGUGUUGUUCUUAAUAAGGCAGACCAAGUUGACACUCAGCAGCUAAUGAGAGUAUAUGGAGCAUUAAUGUGGUCACUUGGGAAGGUUCUAAACACCCCUGAAGUUAUGCGUGUUUAUAUUGGCUCAUUUAAUGACAAACCAGUAAAUGAAGCAGCCAUUGGUCCAAUUGGGAAAGAGUUAUUUGAAAGAGAACAAGAUGACCUUCUUUCUGAUUUGAAAGAUAUUCCUAAGAAGGCUUGUGAUCGCAGGAUAAAUGAAUUUGUCAAACGAGCAAGAGCAGCCAAGAUUCAUGCCUACAUAAUCAGCCACUUAAGAAAGGAGAUGCCUGCAAUGAUGGGUAAGGCUAAAGCUCAACAACGGCUAAUUGAUAAUCUGGAGGAUGAGUUUACCAAGGUACAGAGAGAGUUUCAUCUACCAGCAGGGGAUUUCCCCAACACUGAGCACUUUAGAGAGGUGCUAAGCGGCUAUAGCAUCGACAAAUUUGAGAAGCUGAAGCCAAAGAUGAUACAGGCUGUUGAUGACAUGCUCGGGUACGACAUUCCCGAGCUCUUGAGGAACUUCCGUAAUCCCUAUGAAUGAUCCAUGCAACAGCAAUCCAUAAUCAGCUUUGUGAAGAAAUCUUCGGAAGAUGAGUUCUACAUGGAUUUCCUUCUGCAGCAGGACACAAUUAAAUUGCAGGGUCUCUUCACAUUAUUCUGUGACAAUUCAUUGCAUUGUUAGUGUCAGGUUUAAGUUUCAUAAAAUCAUCAGUCUAUCUUUACAAUGAGAAUGUAAAACUGCGGAGAAAUUUUAUGUGGAAACUGCAUUUUUUGCAACUGUGAGGGACUGUAAUAUCUAUAUAUAUAUAUUUGUAGAUCAAAUAAACAUUUAUAUAUCUAAUAUGAAAGCAAUGUGAUUUGU